ACAACACUUUAACUAGAAGCUCAUGAUUGAGCAAUAUUAACAACAUAAGUAUCUUAUAAAAUGUAAUUUUUCAAGUCUCAAAAAUGUAUCAGAAGUAGCUAAUAUAAAUAUUAUAGUAAAUAAUUAGAAUUAUAACUGAUUAUUUACUCUUCUAAGGUUGAUAACCGCUAGGGAUGAGCAUAAAGAUUCAAAAUGUCGUGGUUUCUGGUGUCAACUUUUUCUAUCAUUAUUUGGUAUUCUGUUUCUAUUUACAGGAAUUAUCAUGGCUGAUUUGUGGCCACAGAUAUUUAACAACAUAAUGAAAAAUAAACUCGAAUUAGAAAACAAUACUCUAACUUAUCAAUAUUGGAAACAAAUUCCAGCACCAUUGUACAUGAGCAUAUAUUUGUUCAACUGGACAAAUCCAGAAGCUACGCUACAAAUAGGAGAUUUACCAAUAUUGCAACAGCUAGGACCAUAUGUUUUCAAAGAAAAUCGUACUAAAGUCAAUAUUACAUUCAACAAUAAUGAUACAAUAACAUACAUGCAGUUGAAAAGUUGGAAGUUUGAUCAAUCUCUUUCAAAUGGUUCAUUGUCCGAUAAGGUUACCACAAUAAAUAUUGUGAUUAACAUUUUGGGUGAAAAAUUACAAGCCAUCAAUAAAAAUUGGUUAUUUGUUCUUACAAACUACUAUUUGAAACUAUCAAACAUUAACAAGCCAUAUGUAACAAGGACGGCUGGUGAAUUAAUUUUUGAUGGUUAUGACGAUCCUCUUGUGGACAUUGCAGUUAAACUAAAAUCUUAUUUUCCCAUUGAUUUGCCAUUCAAAAAAGUGGGAUGGUUGUAUGGUAUGAAUAUGUCUACUUCUUCAGAUGGCUUAAUUAAUAUGUUUACUGGAAAAAAUAACAUUGAAAAUGUUGGGCUAGUACAUUCAGUCAAUUAUAACACCAAGUUGAAUGUGUUCAAGAAAGAUUGUAGUUAUUCAAAUGCCUCUGCAGGCGAUCUAUGGCCUGAACACACUGCUAUGCAACCUAACAUAUCAAUUUAUAUACCUGGUAUUUGCAGUGCAAUUACUAUGUUAAACAACAACUAUACAUUUAUUAAUGGUAUGAAAGGAAUUGAAUUUGUUGCGGGAUCUGAUGUUUUUAACAAUACUUGUUAUUGUCCACCAUCUGGAUGUCUGUUACCUGGUGUACGGCCAUUAAGUUUAUGUGGAGACAAUUCACUUCCUAUAUUUAUAUCAUUUCCACAUUUCUAUUUAGCUGAUAAAUCAUACAGACAAUCAGUUAUUGGUAUGAAUCCCAAUCGGACUUUGCAUGAAUUUAAAAUGAUUUUGGAAAAUGAUUAUUCAAUACCUUUGAAAGUUGAUGCUAGAAUUCAAUUUAAUGUUAAAGUAAAGCCUAUUAAGGACUUAAAAGUUUUGAAAAAUAUGCCAAAAAUCUAUUUACCUGUGUUUUGGUUUUCUGAAAGUUUUGAAAUUCCACGCAACAUGUCAGACCAGUUGUUGAUUGUUACAAAUGUAUUACCAAUUUUUAUUCCUUAUGUAUGGCUUGUAUUGGCAUUAGCUGGAUGUAUAAUGCUAGUCGUUAGCACUUACCUAUGGGUGAGCAGAAAAAAUGAAUCUUUCACCAUCUUGGAUCCCUUGUAAUAAGGACCGAACAUUUUGUUUUGUGAUGAUCUCAAAUUCCUAAAAGAAAUAUAUUAAACUAAAAACAUCACUUUACAGAGAUAUUAUCAUUUUUAACAUGGCCAUAUUAAAUAAUUCUAAAUUUUAUUAUAUCCUUAAUUAUUGAUAAAUUAAUAAUAUGACAUAAUCUAAUGGACUAUAGGUUGUUCUUUUUAUACUUUACUUAAUCACAUUUUUAAAUUAUAUAAUUUGCCUAUUAUUUUAUAGAUUAUUUUUAAGAACAGUAUUUACUUUUUCUUUAUAUUAUAACUAAUUUAAAUACUAUUUUUCAUUACCUAGCUAUUGUGAGCAUCCUUUUUUAAUUUUUGUUUAUUGGUAAUGUGUAAUUUAUAAAACGUGCAAAUUUUAUAUCAGACUAAAAAUUAAUAAUUAUAAAAUAAAAUAGCCAAUCUACAUACAUAAGGCAAUGACAGAAAAAUCAACUUAAAGCCAUUAAAUAGUAAGAAAUAUAUAAAAAAAAAAUAUUUUGAAUUUUAACAAUGUGUAUGUUAAGGUCGCAUUUUUAAAUUUCAUAUUAUGCAAAAUUACUGCCAAUCUUUAGAAUUAAUGUACAAU